GGUAGCAGCAGCAGCAGCAGUAGAAGUAGUAUCAGUGUUAAGGCAGCAGUAGCAGUUCGAGUUUUCGUCGGGUGGUGUUGGUAGGGCUGCCCCAGGUCGAGAGACGAAACAACUGCCGGCGGUUGUUUUCGUCGGCUGGCGGCGAAACAACAAACACAAAAAUAUCAUAUAUAUAUAUAUAAAUAAAUAUAUGUGUAUGUAUAUGUAUAUGUAUAUAUAAAUAUUAUUAUAUUUGUAAUAAAGGAGAACAAACAAAAUAACAAAACAAAACUAUGCUGAGCCAAGACGACGUGCGAAAGAUGCGCGAUAAUCGGCAUUUGCUGAUCCACACGGAUUACCAGGGACCUCACAAUUGGCGACAGUACCUCAGACACGUUCGAUCUCUGUCACCGACCGUCGCAGCGGCUUCGUCCGCGGCCGACCAUGGCGACACCCAGACGCGAUCUACUGUUGAUAAUACCACCACAACCACCACCAACACCACCACUACUACCAUCACCAAGAAUAACAAUAACAAGAUCAAUACAGACAGGUCUCAUAGAGAAUCAAAAAAGCACUCUCGAGAAGAGAAACAAACAGAAACCACAGCUACUGACAAACCCAGAAACACCAUUCCGCCUUGGAAAAAAGAUCUUAUUGAGAAAAAGAAGAAGAAACCUUUUAACCCAGUUAAUGGAGUUAGUGAAGUAUUCAGACGCAGGGCCCAAAUGGCCAAAGAGUCCCCUUUCACACAACAGGUCGUUAACACUGGACCUCUCUCACAUGGACCUUCAACUCUCUAUCGACGAAGAUUUUCACCAUCCAACUCAUUUCGAACGCAACAAACGUCUGGUGUAUAUGCCUAUCGCCGUCUCCUUUCGCAGAACAUCUCUGCAUAUCUGACUAGCAACAGUGAGCUGACACGGAAGAGAAUCGAAAAAGUACAACGAGCUCGACUAUAUCUCCUGCAACUUACAGGUCCCAAUUCCUUUCUGAUUGGUGGAGAUUCACCUAUACACAAGUUUAAAGUUAUCAUUGGACCACAGACAUGCAGUUGUGGUCGCAGCCCUCAUUGUGUCCAUGUUCUUUUUGUCAUGUUACGUGUGUUUAAAGUGAAAGAGACCGAUCCAUGUUUAUGGAGCCAGACUUUGAAAAAUUAUGAAGUGGAGAACCUGUUUCGAAUGUACAACGACCGCCGGGAAUUGUUACUUGUCAACAAGGGAAGUUCUAAAAACAUACAGAAAAAGCAGUUGGAAGAGAAACCAGAAAACUCUCCUGAAAAAAUCUCCAUUCGUGCCGAGAGCGACACUGGCUCCAAAGAUGAUGAAGACACCUGUCCUAUCUGUCUGUUGGAGAUGCUGGAAGGUGAAAGUUUAGUUCGAUGUAUGAAUGGCUGCCACAACCGUCUGCACCAUCAUUGUAUCACUGUCUGGUUUGAAGAAUGUCAUAACCAGAGUCCUCUCAUUUGUCCAAUAUGUCGAACAAAAUGGAAAAGCAAAAUUGAAGAGAAUGAAACAGGCAUCAGCCAAGGAGAAGUUUCUUCACCAUUGAUUCCAGAUGACUUAAGACUUCCGUAUGCUGAACCAGUUCCUGUAGAAUACAGAGACACAGCUCGACCUUGGAUCCAGGUUCUGGGUGAGGACCUCGUGUGCUGUCUAUUUUCACGGAACUGGUCAAUUCGAGAGGCUGCGUUGAAGUAUCUGAGUCGUGAGAUGGUCUCCACGUUGCUGAGAGGUUCUGGAGAAGGUCGCAGUGGUGCGAUGAUAUCUUCGAGUCAACAAACUGCCACCCAUCAGAUGCUGGAGUGUUGUUGCAGCGUGCUUGCAUUCAUGUGUGCAGACCCUGUCUACAGAGUCUUCAUUUCAUGUCUUCGCACUCUCCGAGCGUUGCUGUCGUACACACCAUGCCGAGACAAACAACAGAGGAAACGGUUACAGAUCAUCUUAAAACCUGUUAUUGAAGCCAUCAUUAUUAAAUGUACAGAUGGAAACAAACGUACCAGCCAGCUGUCACUGUCCACUAUGGUUGAACUGACCAAAGGUCAAGAUGGCGAACUGGCUGUUGGACGUGAGAUUGUCUCUCCUGGCUCUGGUGGUCUUGGAGGAUUGGCUUACAUCCUGAAACUCGUGCUCCAGGAAUAUCAAGUGAAAACUGUGAGAUGGCAGUGGUUGUUGGGGCGGCUGUAUGUCUUGGACAGAUUACUAGAGGAGUUCCCUGGGGAGUUUAUACGUGACCCAGAACCAGACCCAGAUGCUUCUGAAGAAGAACUGAACUCUUCACCUUUACCUCAGCCACAUACUCCUGAGACUUCUUCUUCUUCUGCUGCCACUACUACUACUACUACUACUUCUUCUUCUUCUUCUUCAUCAUCUCCUCCUCCUACAUCCUCUUCUUCGUGUCCUCCUUCUUCUUCUUCCUCACAAAAUGAAUUCUGUCGGAUUGUUAUUGUUGCCAGGUUUGCAACGUAUGCCGUUGGUAAUGCACAUUCCAGAAUAGCAAAAAUUGCACGUCGUAUCUUCUUCAUUUGUGUGAAAUUCAGCGCAGGGCAGGAUGAGAUUGUGAUACAGCUGGACAAUUUACUCGUCACUGCCGUGGACCCUAAGCUGAUGCGACCAAUGCGCAAAAAGCUGUCACACAUGGUCGACAAAAUCAAACAAACUGAGGAGACUGCUAAUAAGGUGUGGCAUGAUUCUGAGAGCAGUCAAGGUACCAGCUGUGUCGGUACAUCAGCCACAGCAUCACCCAAUGAAACCCCACUCUCUACACCCCCAGACUCUCCGUUCCCUCUCCCUACAACACUAGACAGUGCAGCUAAUGACCCUCUAUCCAUGACACACCCCUACAUAUCUAAGGACAAUCACCAAGACCCACCUCAACACAGCUUUCAAAAUGACCCCCAAAAUAAUCAUCAACAUAGCUCUUGUAUGGAUAUUGUUAAUAACACUGGACAUGAACUUCGACAUGGCCUCUUGACCGAUGCCCCAAAUGACCUCCAGAAUGAACUUCAACACAGCUCCCAAAAUGACCUUCAAUAUGACCCCCACUUAGGCUCCCAACAUCCCCACUGUGGUGUUAAUGCUAGCUGUGCAAAGCUGCAGAAUGUUUCUGUGAAGUGCUCUGUAACCCUGGCAACCAGUGACCAUUCCGGUGAAUGUAAGGUCGAAGAGAUUUCCAGCAUUACAGCCUGCAACAACAAUCAUAACAACACCAACACCAUCAGCACUAACAGCAGUUGCAACAACAACAACAACAACAGCAGCAGCAGCAACAGUAACAAACAGUUAGUCCACAACAUCGUGUGUACCACCAAAGUGAACAACUGCACGGACAGCCCUGGAGACCGAUCUCAGUUUAUGGUGACCAUGCCGUCAACAUCAACACCGUCCUCAUCCAUGCAGCACCACCUUGAUGACAGCAACAACAGCAGUGUCUGCCAUUGCUCCUCUACUCCUCUUGCCUGCAGCUCCAGUCACUCGUCGUCCAACAUACUCACUGAAGAUCUCUCUGACAUCACUGUUUCUCCAACAGGCAGCAAUGGACCAUCUGUCUCUUUCAAAACAGAGAUAGCAACACCGAAAGGUUCACCCUGUGGAACCGAGGACCAAAGCAAGCCUGAUUCCUACCAGUAUUGCUGCAAAGAAGAGGUGGAGCGGGAGGAAGCAGUAGCUUUAGCCAAGGCUCUAGAGGCAUCAGCAAAACAAGAGCCUUGUCCUUUGGUGCCUGGAUUGACUCCAUCAGAUCGGGAAGAAGUAAUCACAGUUCGGAUCCAACCAGAGAGUCAAUCAGAUAUGCACCCAUUGGCAAGUCCAUUCAACCACAGUAGCAUGCUUUCUAUGCCAAACAGCAGCAGCAGCAACAACAACAGCAGCAGCAACAACAACAACAACAGCAACAACAACAACAGCCCUCUGUACUUAGAGAAUGUACAUUGGGUACGAAGUAACUUGUUAGGGACAGGAGCAUUCAGCAGUUGUUACCAAGCAAGGGAUGUGAAGACUGGGACCUUAAUGGCUGUCAAACAGAUUUCCUUCUGUCGGAACACGGAAGAAGAGCAGGAGAAGGUGAUCCAAGAUGUCACGGAGGAGAUUCACAUGAUAGCUGCACUGAAUCAUCCCAAUGUUGUACGGAUCAUGGGUGCCACACGGCAAGGCUGCCACUUCAAUAUGUUUGUUGAAUGGAUGCCAGGUGGCUCUGUUUCCAACCUAUUGGCAAAGUAUGGCAGCUUUUCUGAGACUGUGGUCAUUAGCUACACACACCAAGUACUUCGUGGCUUGACAUAUCUUCACGAAAACCAAGUUCUACAUCGUGAUCUUAAAGGUGCUAACCUCUUAGUGGACAGUACUGGACAGAGGGUCCGAAUUGGUGAUUUUGGUGCUGCUGCUCGUUUGGCCUCACAGACUACUCAGGCUGGUGAAUUUCAGGGACAAUUACUAGGGACAAUAGCCUUUAUGGCGCCAGAGGUACUCCGAGGGGAGAGCUAUGGACGAGGUUGUGAUGUGUGGAGUGUUGGCUGUGUAAUGAUUGAAAUGGCCACAACAAAACCACCAUGGAAUGCUAAUGACAUAUCAAACCAUUUGGCUUUAAUUUUUCGAAUAGCUUCAUCGGUGCAGCCUCCACCAAUACCACAGAAGAUGUCCCCCGGUGUACGUGACAUUAUGCUUCGUUGUUUGGAAGUAAAGUCCGAAGACAGACCGCCAGCUAAGGAGCUACUCACACACCCUGUUUUUAUGCAACAUUUGAAUCGGUGACAGAAUGCAAUUUGCAUUCAUUCAAAGGUGUCACACCACCACUACAGCUUGCAUGCAGAAAUUGAUGUGCAUAUUUUAUGCAACAAGUAUAUAUGCAGUGGUGUGACAGUAGAAAUAAUUAACGAACAAAAAUAUUAUAUUUAAAAAAAAAAUACACAACAAAAACGAAAAACAGAAAC